GGAACCACCGUCAGCCCCCUCCCACCACCGUAGGGGGGAAGGAGAUGCGUUACUUUGGGAGCUUCCUUUGAUUCAGCUGUUUGAAUACUCUUUUUCAGCGUUCACUUGGUGUGUGUGUGCUCUAUGCACGUCCAGACACUCACAUUGUGUAUUUUUCACUGCUGCAUCCCUAUUUCUUUGGCUUUCUCACACUCAGCUGUCCCUCUCUCGCUCGGAGUCGCUCUUGUUCUCACACAUGCACUCUCUCUCGCUCCUUCUUUCCCUCUCGCUCUCCCUCUCUCUGUAAUGUGUGAUUUGGAAAGCUUAUAAAAACCCUGAUGUAAUUCUUAAUGCAGCCCCUGGCUACAAAGACUGGAUCUGGUUUCAGUGAGAUUCAGAAGCCGAGAGCGGAAAGGGAGAACAGAAGCUUCUAGUGGGGAUCAAAUACCACAGCAUAUAACCACCAGGAUCCUGCUGAUCGAGAUUGCCCUUGCUGGGCACAGCAUCCCUGAGCUUUGAGAAUACUUUUCCUUCUCAUUUUUGGAUCUAGUAGUUUUCUUGACGUUAUUGAAAGUGUAUUUCGUUAGGAUUUAUUCCAAGAAAUUGUAUAUCAGCAGGCAUUCUGCAACUGCUAUAUGUAGGCGUAUUUCCAAAGUUAGAAAGGAAAACAGCUUGGUUGAAGAUCUACAAAGAUUGUUUUACCUUGGUUUAUUUUAAAAUAAUUUAAAUAACAAUUUGGAAGAUGAGAGAAAGCGACCAUUCUUAGCAGUAUAUUUUAAGGAUGUACUACUUGAAAUUGGUAAACUGGAUACCAAAAUGGAAAGUUUCAAAGAAGAGACCAGAAAGAAGACGGAAUAUUUAGAAAUUCUUAUGAAACAACAAAGUACACAUAUCAGCAUUAUGGAAGAUGCUUUAAAUGGUCGUGAAGGGAGAAUAACGGAAGAGUGAAACGUGAGAUAAAGAAAGAAUGAUAAAGAGACACACAUGCCAAGCACUAUGAAACAAUAACCUUCUGUUUUAAUUAAUCUGACUGCUGGAAAUGGAAACUGCUUUCUAAGAAAAGGAAGAUUCUUGACACUUCUGCACUUGGUCUCACCUUUCAUAUGCUGCAGAUCCUAUUUUUAUAGAAGCUGCAGAAAAGAGGGCCUUGAAUGUAAGGUCCCAUGCGAGCCAAUUGGCCAGGAUGUGAGAAGCAUGUGGGAAUCCACACAUCUGGGGCAUCUGCAGUUGAUGCAACAUAAAACCACAAGAGGGAGCCAAGUACCAAAGAUGAGCAAACAAGACUGAUCAGAACAGCAGUCUCUUGAACAUCUUUCAUUUUCUGUAUAGCUGCUCCUGUUAUGUCCAAGAUCUGGAGACUGCCUGACAAUUACUUUGGGUUGCAUAGGACAAGAGACCUAGGAUGAGGAGCACUGGAUUUCCCCUGCACCUACUCUUUAUUCCUCCGUUAUUCUUUGCAUGGACAACUACUGAACUGAGUCUGGGACAAGCCCCGUGCACCACACUGGUCCAGGGAAAAUUGUUUGGGUACUUCUCAUCUUCUACAGCUUUUCCCUCUAAUUCCUCAGUCUGCUCUUGGAUUUUACAGAACCCUGACCCACGGAGGUACACUUUAUUCAUGAAAGUCAUGAAAACUGCUGGCACUUGUGACAACAACCGGCAAGUACGCACAUAUCAGUUUGACUCUUUCUUAGAAUCUACCCGAACCUAUUUAGGGAUGGAGAGUUUUGAUGAUGUACUAAAAAUCUGUGACAGCUCUACUAGAUAUGCCUUCCUUCAGUCCAGUAAGCAGUUUCUUCAGAUGAAGAGGAUCCUGGCACAAGGUGAUGUUAGGAUACCAGUUCGGAAAACAGGUGGAGCACAGGAUAAGGAUUUUUCUGUACAGUAUCUGGUAGUUGGUAACCGGAAUCCUAGUAAUGCUGCAUGCCAGAUGCUCUGUGAGUGGCUUGACACUUGCCUGAGUACAAGCAGUAGCAUUCACCCAUGUGGCAUCAUGCAAACUCCAUGUUCUUGUUUCCGUGGUGAGGUGGUGGAUCAGCCCAGUGAAAUCAUAGGAUUAAACAAGAAAAAAGAUGGUUGUUAUAAGGAUGGUAUAUACCUUGAAAACUGCUUCACUAGUCAGAAGGAGAGCAGGGAUGCAGACUUUCCUGCCAACGGACGCUAUAUUUCCAGAAGCCAAUCGCUGAGGUCCAUAGAUAACAAGAAAUGGGGCGAAAUAGAUGGACAACAGAAUUAUGGAUUUCUUGCACCUCAGAUAGUCCAUGGCACGUGGGAUGAGUGGUCUCCAUGGAGUUUGUGCUCCUCUACGUGUGGGAGAGGACAACGAGAUCGAAGUCGUAUUUGCAGUCCACCACAGUUUGGAGGCAGUCCCUGUGAAGGUCCUGAUAAGCAAACCAAGUACUGCAAUAUAGCCUUAUGUCCAGUGGAUGGGACCUGGAAUGAAUGGUCAAGCUGGAGCUCCUGCUCAGCCACUUGUGCUAAUGGAACACAGCAGAGGACAAGGGAGUGCAAUGGGCCAUCGUAUGGGGGAGCAGAGUGCCAGGGACACUGGACAGAAACAAGAGACUGUUUCAUGAGACGUUGCCCAUUGGACGGCAGAUGGCAGGAAUGGAAUCCCUGGGAGCCUUGCAGCAGUUCAUGUGGUGGUGGAACCAGGAAGAGGAGUAGAAUUUGCUAUGGGCCUUUCAAUGGAGGUGAGGCCUGUGUGGGACCAAAGGAUGAAUAUGAGAUGUGCAAUGAGCAUAAAUGCAAAGAGCCUCAUGAAAUCUGUGAUGAAGAUGGAAUCUGGAGGGAAACUCCUUCAGGGGAAGUUGCAUCUGAAAGAUGUCCACGCAAUGCAACUGGAGUAAUUCUACGAAGAUGUGUUUUGGAUGAAGAAGGCAUUGCUUACUGGGAGCCACCAUCAUAUGUCAAGUGUAUUUCCAUCGAUUACAAGAACAUACAGACUGUGACCAGAGAACACCUUUCCAAAGCACAGCGAGGAAUGGUUGGGGAUGGUGUUGCAGAUGUGAUCAAAAAUCUUCAGGAGAUCUCAGAAGAUGGUACAAGCUACAGUGGGGAUGUUCUAUCAACUCUGGAUGUUUUGCGGAAUUUGACAGAUAUAUUUCGCAGGGACUACUACAGCCCAGCUUCUGGAGAUGUGCAGAAUUUUGUUCAGAUCAUAAGCAACUUGCUGUCAGAAGAAAACAGAGAUAAAUGGGAAGAAGCACAAAUUAUGGGGCCAAAUGCCAAACAGCUGUUCAAGUUGGUUGAAGAUUUUAUUGAUGUCAUUGGCCUCCGCAUGAAGAACUUCAGAGACUCAUACACAGUCACUGACAAUCUAGUUCUGAGCAUCUAUAAACGACCUGCUAAUGGUGCCACAGAUAUCAGCUUUCCCAUGAAAGGCUGGAGAGGAAUGGUAGACUGGGCCAGAAGCUCUGAGGACAGGGUCACUAUUUCCAAGACAAUAUUUUCAACUGGUUCACCUGAUACAGAUGAAACAUCAGUAUUUGUCAUUGGAACUGUUCUCUACAGGAACAUUGGGAGCAUUUUGUCUCUUCAGAGAAACUCUACGGUUCUGAAUUCCAAAGUCAUCACUGUAACAGUCAAGCCAUCACCCAGGACAAUACCAGCUCCACUUGAAAUUGAGUUCUCACAUGUCUAUAAUGCAACAAUAAAUCAGACAUGCAUUCUUUGGGAUGAAACCGACAUAUCCUCUCAGCUUGGAGCUUGGUCUCUGAGAGGCUGUAAAACAGUCCCAGUUGAUUCAUUCAGAACCAAAUGCCUCUGUGAUAGACUCUCCACCUUCGCCAUUUUAGCUCAGCAUAUUCCUGACAUGACUAUGGAUAAGGGGCUGCUUCCUUCGGUAACAUUGAUUGUAGGCUGUGGUGUUUCCUCUCUCACCCUUCUGCUUCUUAUUAUCAUCUAUGUCUCAGUUUGGAGGUACAUUCGUUCAGAGCGAUCUGUCAUUUUGAUCAACUUCUGCUUGUCAAUCAUCUCAUCAAAUGCUUUGAUACUUAUUGGACAAACUCAGACAAGAAAUAAGGUAAUAUGCACACUCGUGGCUGCUUUUCUUCAUUUCUUCUUCCUCUCAUCAUUCUGUUGGGUACUAACAGAGGCGUGGCAGUCCUAUAUGGCAGUGACAGGGAGAUUACGCAACAGAAUUAUCCGCAAACGUUUUUUGUGCCUAGGAUGGGGGCUUCCAGCUCUUGUGGUUGCUAUUUCUGUAGGAUUCACAAAGGCAAAGGGAUAUGGAACAGUGAAUUACUGCUGGCUCUCGUUAGAGGGAGGCCUUCUGUAUGCCUUUGUGGGACCUGCUGCUGCUGUGGUUUUGGUGAACAUGGUUAUUGGCAUUCUGGUUUUUAACAAACUUGUAUCCAAAGAUGGGAUAACUGAUAAGAAACUGAAGGAACGGGCAGGUCAGAUGGCAGUGCCCUUUUACAGCAUGACGCUCAAAUGUUCCAAGUGUGGAGUAGUUUCAGCAACUGAUGUGUCGGCUACAGCUACCAGUAAUGCCAUGGCCUCUCUUUGGAGCUCCUGUGUAGUUCUACCUCUAUUAGCUCUGACGUGGAUGUCUGCUGUUCUGGCCAUCACAGACAGAAGAUCGGCUCUCUUUCAGAUUCUGUUUGCUGUAUUCGAUUCGUUAGAGGGCUUUGUUAUUGUCAUGGUUCAUUGCAUUCUCAGAAGAGAGGUUCAGGAUGCUGUGAAGUGCAGAGUUGUCGAUCGCCAAGAAGAAGGCAAUGGUGAUUCUGGUGGAUCAUUUCAAAAUGGCCAUGCCCAGUUAAUGGUAGGACAAGAGCCUUCGACUGACUUUGAAAAGGAUGUAGAUAUGGCCUGCAGAUCAGUUCUCAAUAAAGACAUUAACGCCUGCAGGACAUCAACUAUCACAGGGACAUUGAAGCGCCAGGCUGUAAAGGAGGAUGAGAAACUGAAGGUGAGCCAUCAGAAAAGCUCCAACUUCAACAGUCUUCCAGCCAAUGUGUCAAAGCUCCAUCUCCAAGGUUCAUCCAACUUUCCAGGCACCAUGACAAUGGCAGACUAUGGAAACCACACCCUCACUCUGAAGAAGGAGAAGGGGAACCCUGCUAAGUCUGUGUACAUCUGUGAUGGGGACAUUUUUAAGCAGCUUGAUUCUGAACACUCACGGUCAAAGGAACAAGUGCUAGACACAAGUUAUGUUAUCUUGCCCAGCAACACAGCGACUCUGAGGGCAAAACCCAAAGACGAAAAUAAAUAUAGCUUAAAUAUUGACCAGAUGCCUCAGACAAGAUUAAUUCACCUCAAUACAGCUGAACCAGGGUUCAGCUUAAAGAACCCUCCAGCAGACCUUGUGGGCAUUUCAUGCAAUGAGCGGAGCUCACCUGCUCAUCUGCAAACUCUUUCAAAUGAACUACAGGUACCAAACAGUCUUUGUGACACAGGGGAGUCAGGGAAUACUGGACUGGUCCCCAAAAGUGAAACUGUUUCUACUCUGUCCAUGAGUUCCUUGGAGAGAAGAAAAUCCCGGUACGCUGAAUUAGAUUUUGAGAAAAUUAUGCAUACAAGGAAACGUCACCAAGAUAUGUUUCAGGACCUGAACAGAAAAAUGCAAACAACAGAGAAAGAAAGGGAGUCACCUCCAGUAGAUACCAAGCAAGAAAAGCCACAGACACCAAACAAGAGGCCCUGGGAUGGAAUCCGAAAGAUUCAUUCACCACCAUCUUGGGUCAAAAAGGACAUCGACUCUAUCCAGCCAUCUCCACUAGAACUGAAAACAGUAGAGUGGGAAAAAACAGGCGCAACAAUUCCCCUUGUUGGUCAGGAUAUUAUAGACCUGCAGACAGAAGUCUGACUGUAAACAGUACAGUUAUUCUUCUGACUUUGGUUUCUUUUGAAACUUUAAGGAACCCCUCAUGCGCCUUUCUCAGAAAGAUAUUGCUUCAGGGGAAGCCAUAGUGGCAGAGUAAGAAGAUGCAGAAGAAAAGUAACAUAAAUGUGAUGUUUCCAUAUAUGACCGAAUACUAAUAUAGAGCUGGAGGUUACUGGCAGCAUGUGAGCAGGGAGGCUUAGCUGAGAGAAUCCAUUCCAGCACAAACAAAACACACACACAAAUACACAAACAGAUACAUAUGUGUGAAUGCAAACACGCACAAACGCUUGCACACCCACACGCACACAAGCAUGCACAUUCUAUUAAUGUCCUGGCAGUUUUCAAGUACUGCUUAAAACUCCUCAGCCAUUACAAAGUAGAAAACCACAGAAGCUGAUAAAUAGGCCAUAUGCGGAAGAGUCUGAAUGCAUAUUUUGUAAUAGUUGCUGUUACUCAGUGGAUUAAUACAACAUCAACAUUGUUAUCAAAAACAAAAGCCAUUUAACCAUGCUAUUUAUGUAUCAGUGAUAACAAAGGAAAAUAUGGGAUAAUGCUCUGAUUUUGAUCUUCAUUUGUGACACACACAUGAACCUAAGCUAGCUACAGAUGAAGCACUGUAAGUCCAUGCUAGCAGCUGCUUUAUAUAGAUGAUGUCACUGUCAGCACUUAACUGAAUAUAGAUUGCUGCAGAUUGUCUAGCAUUAAAUACAAUGGGUUAUGCACUAUUGUAGAUUGCUUCUGGGUUCUUCUGAAAUUUUUGACUUGCUGUGAGAAAGUAAUAUGCUGCAAGACCAUAGCAGCAGCAGCAGUAGCAUCAAAAUCUCAUAGAAAACGAAAACACGGCUAUGAUUUUUCUCCUGUCAGUGGUAACUUUCUGAAUUUGUAAACAAUCACCUAUAAGAAAAUGUUUGAAAGAUACAAUGUCUGUGCAGCCAAAACAAUGUUUGAGGCAUUUUGUAAUGUCAACGGGUUUUAUCCACUGUUUUGUGUCGUGAGAGAGAAGGAAAAUAAGGAAAACAGUGUCAUUCUCCACACGUGAGAUAUCCUGCAAGAAAUUGACACCAUCACUGCCCAUUGCUUCUGCAGUCUCUCAGCUGUAGUGUUGCCUACUUCUAGCCUCCCUCUUCUUUAUACAUCUUGUCAAACACCUUUGAGAAAACCACCUGCAUCACACAACUUGAAAAGCAAGGUUGUAGCAAGAACAGAACAGGAUGCAGCUUGUUCUCCACAGUGAUUACAGCUUACCCUCAAGAAUCAUUGUUUUGAAAGAUUCAUGUAAAACAACAGAUACAACGUGUGAAUAGCUGUGAAACAUCAUGUUAGUAGUUAAUGAACUAGAUUUAAUCCUGAAAUAAAAAAGGAGAGAACUAUCAGUGAACAAAAGAAAAAAUCAAAGAAGAGCGGACAUGCUUCGCAGUAUCCUUGGUAAUGAUUGCUUGAUAUGCAAGCAUUUUGACAGUUAAAAUGGCAGUUAUCGUGUCAUGAUCUGUAAAAUAAGAAAGAAAAAUAAUGAAAAUUAAGACAAGAACAAUUAAAAACUGUGAUGUAAUGGUAAAGAUUUUAGUCUAUAUUAUGAGAGAAAGCACAAGGCCUCUGCUGCCGUGUUGUAAAAUAUAUGUAAUUAUGAUUAUUACAAAUAAUGAAUUUUAGUGUAAAAAUAUAUUUCUACCCAUGUUUUAAUUUCACUCCCUGGACUUAUCUAUCCUCUGUCUAGUUACAAGACAUUCAGUGUUAUGUAACUACUGAUAUAGUGUCUGCAUUAAUAACUGUUAAAAGUCUACCUUUCUAGUUGAGUCUCUAGCUAUUUUCUUUAUUUUAUAUAUAUAUAUGUUUUUCUUUUUUAAGUUUUUGAUUUAGUUUUCUUUUCUUUUUUCUGUACUUGUCUUUUUUUUGUCUAUUUUUUCUGUACAGUUUCCAGAGCACAAAAAAUGUGUCUUAUUUCUAAUAAAAUAUAAACCACA